AUGCUGGCGUUGAGGCUCGAGCAUAUCUUGGACAUCUUCUGCGCUUGUGCAGGUGUGAUGCAGAUUGUGGCCGGCAGUUCCCUGGCGGCCCUGGUUUGCAGUGACACUUCAGGCAUCAAGGUCGACUGCUACAGUCUGGCAGGGGAAGCUUUGUGCCACGUAGACGGUUUGCCAGCGGACGCCAGCCUGGAACAGGUAGAAAAUGCCUUGAAGGCCGAUCUGGGCGUUGGCAGGUUCUGCUUCGACAUGUUCGACGACUCUGGCGAGAAGGUCAAGAGCAAGAGUUCUGAGCUUGCACGAAUUGUGAUCGUCGUGCGCGCCAAUGGCUUUGAGCUGUGCCGAAAGCAUCUGGCGGCCAUGGCAGACGCAGCGUCCAAUCCCAAGUCCGCGCAGUUCAACAGAUCCUGGACUGCCAAGACGGCACCGGAGGUAGACAAUCUCCAGUCGAUGCGCGUGCUCGAGAGUUGGGGGAUGUCGGACGGUGUGGCCUCCAUCAAGUUCAUGAAGGUCUAUUCACACCUAGUGUCACCAGCUGAAGAGUGGAACAUGUUCAACUUAGCCUUGAUGCAAAACUUUGACCCUGGCCUGAAGACUUUGAAACAUGAAAUGUGCCAACACUGGCUUGAGGUGGCACAGGUCUCCGCCACUGAGCGGGUAUCACGCCUUCCUGCGCCGCUCGUUCUGAUGUGCAGAAGCGAGCGCGGGGCAGUCAUCGAUUGCACUGGCUUUUCGAUCGACCCAACCCGUCUACAGUUCCCUGCGAAUUUCAGCAAAGAGUUGCAGUACUCACUCCAUCUAAAUGACAAGCACGCAAGGUCUGGUGCCGCUGCGCUCCGGCACCUGGUUCUGAGUUCAGCCUCGCAGGAAUGGGAAGAAGAGAGGAAGGGAAUGUCAAAUGAGGUGAUGCAAGAAGCGUUCCGUGUCCAUGUUCAGAACGAGGAGUUGCUGAGCCCGCCGCCAAGCCAGGAGGACCUCGUCCGGAUGGCACAUGCACAGCUGCGCCUGUCCUGCGGCCUUGUUCCUGAAGUGGAGGGCCGCUUGGCCCAACCUCUUCUGGCAUUCAUGGCGCCAAGUUGCUGCGGUGGCACCUGA